AUGUCUGAAGAGAGCGCCCCCAAAAUCUUCGUCCCCGCCGCAGAGGCCCGGCGUCUCGUGCAAGACAUCCUCAAAGGCAACGGCGUGUCCGCAGACCAUGCCGCCAUCAUCGCGCGCUGCCUCGUGGCCGCGGAUCUGCGAGGCGUCGAUACGCACGGCAUGAACCGCAUCCCGUCUUACAUGGAGCGUGUCCGACAGGGCGUCUUGAAUGCCAGUGCGCAGCCGGAGCUGAAGCAAGUCACGCCCGUCGUUGCGCAGGUCGAUGGACGCAAUGGGUUUGGCUUCGUCGCGGCUCACAUGGGCAUGCAGGCGGCCAUCGAGGCGGCCAAGGUCUACGGCAUUGGGCUGGCGAGCGUGAAGCACUCGAAUCACUUUGGCAUGAGCGCGUGGGUGGUGCAGCAGGCGCUGGACGCGGACAUGAUGAGCCUCGUCUUUACGAACUCGAGCCCCGCGCUGCCUGCGUGGGGAGGCAAGGAGAAGCUCAUGGGCGUGUCGCCCAUUGCGUGCGGCGCGCCUGGCAAGGGGGACAUGGACAACUUCAUCCUCGACAUGGCGCCGUCGGUGGCGGCGCGGGGCAAGAUUUACAAGGCGAAGCGGCGGGGCGAGAAGAUCCCGCUCGACUGGGCGCUGGACAGCGAGGGCCGGCCGACGGACGACCCGGAGGCGGCGCUGGGCGGCGUGAUGCUGCCGAUGGGCGGGCCCAAGGGGUCGGCGCUGGCCAUCAUGAUGGACGUCUUCUCGGGCGUGCUGUCGGGGUCUGCGUUUGCGGGCCACGUGACGAACCCGUACGACCCUUCGCGGCCGGCGGACGUGGGACACUUUCUGGUCGCGGUGAAGCCGGACCUGUUCAUGGACCUGGACGAGUUCCGGGCGCGGAUGGAGUACCUGUAUAAGCGCGUGGUAGGGUCGGAGAGGGCGGCGGGGGUGGAGAGGAUUUACUUUCCGGGGGAGAUUGAGCAGUUGACGCAGAGGGAGAGGGAAGGGAGCGGGAUUCCGCUGGUGAGGGCCGAGAUGGAUGCGCUGAAUGAGGAGGCGAGGAGGGUUGGGGCUGCUGAGCUGGUGGUGUAA